UGGAGGAUUUGAAGAAGAGAAGAUUGAAGACAUGGGAAACAACGGUCAGUUAUCAACUCAAGACGACUUACGGUCUUUGCUUGACCCUCUUGCUAAAUCCCAGCUCGUCGAUCUUCUUUCUAGAUUAGGGUCCCAAUAUCCUUCAAUUGCUGAAGAAAUUAAAAGUAUUGCCAGUUCAGAUCCUGUACAUCGAAAGCUUUUUGUUCGUGGCUUAGCCUGGAAUACCACUUCAGAAACCUUGUGUGAUGUGAGUGCAUUGCUGAUUGCUGUUUGUGUUUUCUGUGAUAUCGGGGCCUUUCGAAUGCAUGGAGAAAUAGAAGAGGGGGCUGUCAUCUAUGACAAAGCCACAGGAAAAUCUCGUGGAUACGGUUUCAUUACCUACAAACACAUGGAGUCAGCAUAGUGCACUUAGAGCGCCCAGUAAACUCAUCGAUGGCCGGAUGGCUGUAUGUAAUUUAGCUUGUGAGGGGUUAAGUGGAUCGAGUUCCACACCGGAUCUUGCACAAAGGAAGCUCUAUAUUGGGGGCCUAUCACCAGAUGUCACAAGUGAGAUGCUUCUGAAUUAUUUUGGAAGACAUGGUGAGAUUGAGGAAGGCUCAGUUGCAUAUGACAAAGAUACAAAUGAAUCACGUGGGUUUGGUUUUGUUACAUACAAGACAGUGGAGGCUGCAAAGAAGGCAAUUGAUAGUCCACAAAAGAUUCUUGGGGGGAGAACUAUCAUUGUGAAGCUUGCUGAUACCAACAAGGGAAAACCUGUACAAACACAGCUACCCACUGCAGCUGUAAUUCCUCUCGCGAUGCCUAUGGCACCUGGCUACCCACAGCUCGGGAAAGCACACCCCAGUGCUACCCCUGCUGGCUACGCUUACCCUCAACCUGUGGCAUCAUAUCAAACUUCUUCAUAUUCUAGUCCUACUGUGCCACCUGUACCAUACCCAAGCCAACCGCCAAAUCCUUAUGCACCUGUUGCUGCAAAGAAAGAUCCACAAGGAAUCCCACCAAAUGCCCCCGUGGGAAUGAGUGGGUACCCAUAUUAUAUUGGCAAACAAUAAUGAAGUCCCAGGCCAUUCAUGUUCGGUGACAUGGUUGAUUGUAACUUAAACCAACUUUGCGAGACCAGGUGUUGCAGACCAGAACAGAGAGAGAUCAGGAGUUGUGAUAUAGGAGAGGUUAAUGAGUCUUCCUUAAUUUUCCCAGGUUUCUUGUAGUCAAGUCUAAUAUAACUUGUCUUUAGAAUGAACUGAAAGUAAUGCAUGAAAAAGUUUCUUUUCUUUUGUCGAACGAUAUUAGCUAGGCUCCUUUC